UUACAACAUAGUUUACAAUUGAAUAACAAUCGGAGUGGGCACAAGUAGAAUACUUCGAAUUUCAUUGAUGUCCAAAUAUUUGUAGCGAAGCAAAUAAAUACGAAUCAAGGAGAGGUUAUUUGCAGUUCGAAAUGACUUCCGCGGCAGCUCCUGAAACUAGCUUCGAGUUGCAAGAACGUUACUUGGACAAUGUUGAUGGCAAUUCAACACGAAUUUCGCAUGCCGGAGUUCCGAAUGAAAAAUUCUUCGAUGCUGUAGCAAGAGGGGAUGUUGACACAGUCGAGAGUAAAAUCAAAGACACCAACAAUCCAAUUGAUGUUAACGCCAUAAACUCAGAUGGCAAAACGGCGCUUCAAAUUGCGGCUAAAAAAGGUCACAAAGAUGUCAUAGAAAAGCUUUUGACAGGAAAAGCUGACUUGAAAUAUGCUCUUUUACGAUGCGUUUAUGAGAACGAUCUUCAAUGCCUAGAAGUGUUGCUGACACAUCACGAAAACUCAGACGACCACUUGCUCGCGCCAAUUAUAAAGGCAGCUCAAUUGGGUCACUACAAGAUUGUAGAACACUUUAUGUCAAAGGACUACCUUAUCGAUGAUCCGGACAAGUGUGAAUACAAAAGUGAACGGUGCAAGCUAAAUUCGGAGAUGCUUCGUUCACGAAUUGCCAUAAAUUGCUUCAGAGGGCUUUCAAGUCCCGUCUAUAUAUGUUUAGGUUACUUAAAAGACAAGAUCAAAGAUAACAAAGGCAACACAAUAGACCCGCUUUCUCAGGCGUUUGAAUUAAAUAAGAAGUUACAAAAACGCGCGAGAGAUGAGCCUGAACUGAGGAAGGAGUACAUGGAAUUGUCAAACAAAUGCAAGACGUUCACGACGGAACUAAACAGUGCUUGCAGAGACAAAGAGGAUCUUAUGGCUCUGUUAGAUAUCGACCAAAAACAUUUUGCCCCGAUUGAUGAUGAGAAUGAUGAUGAGAAUGUAAAGAAAGAAAGCUGUUCUGAGGUAGUAACUUCAUUGAAAAAGGCCAUCAACAGUAAUGACAAGGAGUUUGUAGCCCAUCCUCAUAUUCAAAUGUUGGUCAACUUCGUCGUAUACUCGGGCCUUCCGAAGAAUAUCCAAAGAACACGCAUUGUUUACCUUCUGCUUCCAUUUAUCCUCUACAUGAUUUUCUUCCCUGUCCUUGUGUUACUAUACCUCGUCUUUCCUGAUUCAAAGAUUUCAAAAAUGAUGUCCACUCCAUACAUGAAGUUUGUCAGCCAUUUUUCGCAGUUCAUAAUCUUUCUUUUCCUGAUUGCUGGCUCCUCGCUGCGAGAUAACCACACUCCAACAGUCAUAGAAUAUAUCAUUUUCAUAACGGUCAUCGGAAUGAUACUUCAGGAAUGUCUUGAAAUGCGACGCCAUGAUCGUAUAAGGAAUUAUUUCUUCAAAUGGUGGAACAUCAUCAUGAUCACAAUGCUGACUUUGUUUGUCAUGGCAGGACUAAGUUGGAUUGCUGGUUUUGCCAUCACGGGGGGUUGGUCAAUCAAAGAUUACUCCGUUAGGAAAUACGCCAAGAACAAAGAUGGAUAUAAUUUACUUUUACUGGGAAAUAGCUUUUUCUCAGUGGCGACUGUCUUCAGCGUUAUUCACUUGAUUGAUUUUUGUCAGGUCAACUCCGCGUUAGGGCCGCUGCAGUUAUCACUUUAUCGUAUGAUUCAAGAUGUCGUGAAAUUUCUGAUAUUAUUUUCUGCCAUUUUCGUCGCAUUUGUCAUGGGUUUAAGAAACCUUUAUUCGUACUACAACAGCAUUCAAGACGAGAUUAUCAAAGAAAACAAAAAUCUCAGCGACAGACGAAUCAUAGAAGAUACCAACGAAAAGUUUUCAACUCUUUUUCAAUCGUCAAAACAUAUGUUUUGGGCGCUCUUCGACAAAAUCGAGUUAAGCGACUUUGAUACGAAAGACUCGACGUAUGAAAUCACACAAGAAACUGGCAGAUUGCUAUUCGCAAUGUACUCAAUCCUUGCUGUCUUGAUAGCACUCAACAUGCUCAUUGCAAUGAUGAGUCAUUCAUACGACUAUAUCUCGCAAGACGACGACAUCCAGUGGAAGUUCAGUCGAACAAAAUUGUGGCUGGAAUUCAUGGAAAAAGGAAGUACUUUACCAGCUCCGUACAAUCUAAUACCGAAUCCAAAACUUGUGAUUGAACUGUUUUUCAAGUUAAAGCAAAGACUCAGAGGAGAAGUUGCCGAUACCCAUUCGACAGAUCAAACCAGUAGAGACGAAGCACAAGACAAGAGAAAAAAGAUAAUCAAACGACUAAUUCGACGAUACUUCCUAGCACAAGAAGCUCGGAAAAAACAAUGAUUGGAAAGAGCUAAGGACAUGGAAGAAAGCAAAAUCUAAAUCAUCAAAGAACAACGCAUGAAGAUGAAACGUCUCGACGUCUUUUAAAAUUAAUUCACACAUAUCUAUCACACAAAAUCCAUUACCAACCUACAAUUUUAUGUAAUACAAAAUGAAGCAUAUUCCGAAUAAAAAGUUUUUGUUUGACUCAAUAUUUGUUCGUGUUUGUGAACAGUUAUAUUUCAAAUUUGUAACAAAUUCAUCAUCAGACUAUAUGUAACAAAUUCAUUAUCAGACUAUAUGUAACAAAUUCAUCAUCAGACUAUAUGUAACAAAUUUAUCAUCAGACUAUAUGUAACAAAUUCAUCAUCAGACUAUAUGUAACAAAUUUGAAAUAUGAAGAUUGAAAUAAAAAUUGUCUUGUUUCCUUCUCAAAUGAGUUAAACAUGAACUUUUUAUUCGGAGUAUGCCUCAUUUUGUACUGUUACACAAAUCACAAAAAUUUUAUGUCAAACUUAACAUAGUUGUAUAGAUGUAUGGAAGACCUUUUUUAUGAAAACUUGAGGGCAAUCUGUGUGUGUCACCUGUUAAAGUUAUUUUGAUAGUGAUUGCCUCUGUUGUUGUAGUAGCAUCAAAAGAACGAUUUGUGUAAAAAUUAACGACCCUCUUAUAUAAAUUAGUGAAUUAGAUUUUUCUUUUCUGAAGUAAUAAAUUUUAUGACAACUCA